GUUAGAGCUGAAGUUUAGCGUAAUUUUUGACAUCCUUGUAAAAUUGAAAUCAACCUUUAGUUUCGGGCUUGUACCAUUUUCAGCGGUAUUUAGGUUGGACUGCAGUAAUUUUUUGUUGGAAACAUGGCGGAUAUUUCGGGGAUUGUGGACGCACUCCCUUAUGUUGAUGCAGGAUAUGACACUCCAGGAGUCCGCGAAGCGGUUACGGCUCUGGUGGAAGAAGAGAUGAAGCGGUAUCGUCCGACGAAGGACUAUCUCCAGAAUGUGGUGUCCAACAAAUUCGAAGUUUUCCAGACGGAUCUCAUGAAAGCUGAAUUUCAGCGAAUGGCGGAAAAUAAACCGAUGGAAAAAUUGGACUUCAAAAAAUAUCAGCAACAACCAAAGCCUGCGAUAAACCGCCGGCGAGAUCCGACGGCGUGGGAAGAGUGCUUCGAUCGCGUUGUGGUACUACACAAUCACAUGGUCAACAGGUUGACUAACUUACAGUUGCAAGCAGAAUAUGGGGCCGAAAUCUGGAGGCGAUACAUCCCCACAGUUGAACGACAGCUGAAGCAAAUAGAAUCUGAACUGCGUGAUACGAGGAACCGCAUACAGGAAAUCAAUUGGGAACGAAAAAACAAACAACUCCAGGCUGGCGAAAAACUGUCUUAUCUGGAAACGAGCUGGGUUAAUUUGGUAGCAAAAAAUUAUGAAAUUGAGAAAGUAUGCCUGGAACUAGAAGAACGCAUUUCUGAAUGGGAGCGUUUUCACGAAGCAAAGCGGUUACAGAAAGCUCAGGAGAAGCCCAACGCGCAAGAGUCCGUCCGGCCCAAAUCUCUUCCUGCUCCUGUCGAUGACAGUGUUGCAACUACCGAUGCAGAAGAAAUCGGACCUAUGCCGGCAACAUGACCGGUUCGCCGAAGUUUAUUUUUGAUUGUUCUUGUGUUAGAAUUCUGCUUUCCAGUACGUCUGAUUGCAACUAAGCAGUUAACAAGUUUUUUGUAUGGUUGAUGUGUUGUACUUCGCUGUUUGGCUCUUUUGCACAUACAUUGUAUUGUAAAUCUGUAGGAAGGACGCGAUUAACUCCGUUGGAGGCGGUUGUUUGAUUGACUUUUACUGAAUAAUCAGCAGGAUUAUAGUAUGCCAGUUGCUACCAGCACAAAUUGCUUUCCAUUGGCAUGGUUUUGGCUUUCACCGUUAGUUUAAUGUUUUUGUGUAUUCGAAAAAUUUUAUAAAGUAACGCAUCACA